AUGGCGUUCAAACGGACCCACAACACUAGCCACACCUCCGGGAAUAAUUCUUCAUCUAAGCCAACAAAAACAGAUGAUGAUAAGUAUUCAUUAUGGGAAUACAAAUGCCCAGUAAACGCGGGGCUCAACAGGAUCAAGGAAGAAGCGGAACGCGUCAAAAGCAAGCUCGAAGAUAUCGACAGAACGAAGCAAUAUAUCUGCUCUGAGAUCAUAGACCUACCACACUUAUGUGAAGCGGACAAAGUCCGAUUCACCGGCACGCUGCAGGGCCUGAACGCCCUCAGCGCAAGCACAGAGUUACACCCGGACAUCCUUGGAAUUCCGCUCCCUGUUAUCAACAUACUGGUUAAUACCUUGCAACUGACGAUAGACGAGACUCCGAUAUGGGACGGUCCUUCGAACACAGAUUCACGUGUUCUGAACAAGUUCCGAAUGGAGUGCGAGGCCGCGCUACGCCACAUUUGCUAUCACUACGAUGUCGUGCCUCCCUUCUUAAUCAUCGAAGACCGUGACGUACAGACUCCCGCCUUCAACUCACAGCUGAAAGUUCCGGCCGGCUAUGGAUUGGUCUACAGAACGAAGUGGAAGGGGAAGGACGUUGCAAUCAAAGCAUUGACCGAGCUAACAAAUAGUAAUAACCUGGAAUCGGUCUCCGAGAAAAACGUCAAGCGAUUCCGCCGUGAAAUGGUUGUUUGGAAACAAGUAUGGCACGACAGUAUCGCGCCGUUGCUUGGGAUAUGGGAGUGGCAUGAAGCAGGUUCGGCGUUGCAUUGCAUGGUCUCGCCAUGGGCAAAGUACCGAGAUCUCUGGACGUAUCUACAGAUCUCUCCCCGAGACAAGGCCUAUGAUCCGUUGAAGAUACUCGUAAACAUUGCUGACGCCCUUUCAUAUCUUCACGCUCACAACCCACCGUUGGUUCACUCGGAUCUUCAUCCUGGCAACGUUUUGAUAACCCAUAAUCUUGAGCCGAAACUGACCGACUUCGGUCUCAGCACCUUCUACGGAUCACUCACUACUGCUGGAACAGAAACAGAGAAGGGGGCUUUCCAGUACUUGGCUCCAGAACUUAUGUCCUUCAGCGGAAAGCGGGACCCAAAGCCAGCGUCUGACAUGUAUGCCUUCGGGUGCCUUGGUUAUACGGCAUACACAUCGCAGUGGCCGUGGCCUCAGCACCGAUCAAGGAGCGCUGUCACUUACGUGGUUAAACGCCUUGGAGAGCGGCCUGCCCGCCCAUCAGAACCGGAGAUUCCAGAGGCAGUGUGGACUACCAUCGAGUCUUGCUGGGCGCAGGAUCCUGAGGAGAGGAUGACAAGUUUGGAGGCUUGGCAGAGAUUGAGAGCACUACGAAGGGAUUGA